CCUUUUCUUUCUAGCUUCCAGUAUAAGGUGAUACGAGAGAAAGAACCACAAUGUCCAGAAUUUAUAUAACAAACGUUUUUGGCUAUUACAGGAGACCUUUAUGAGAUUAACGUAGCUGGUUAGAAGUGAUUGCUUGGAGCUGCGGCAGAUGAUCGUGUGACUGCUGCAGACUGGUGAUAUAAGAUGGAGGCAGCAUACAGAGAACUUUACCAGGAGUUUGUUCGCCUGAAAUCUCUUUGUCUUAGGCAGGCGGCUCUGUUGCACCGACUUAUGACAACCCUACAGGAGGCCAAAGGUGCUUCAAAUGGAGACUUGUCUGCCAAGCGUAUCCAAGAAAUCCCAGUGCAUUUCCAGGGAAACACAAUAAGUGCACACAACCCCACAGCACAGUCUGACUUGUAUGCACGCCCUCCAAAUGAGAACACAUCUCAUCUCCUAGCUGAAGAUAUGUCCAAGCUCAGCAUGAAGGCGUCUUAUGACAAAGCACAACAAAAGAUGUCAUUAGCACAGGACUCUUUAACAAAUAGGUUUUCCUGUGAUCCUCCCAGUGAAGGCGGGAGCCACCAGAACUCGAGGAUGUCUCUGUCAGACUGCCAGUUCCUUGGCUUUGACCUCCCGAGUCUUCCAGGCAGAUUGCUGAUGUCCGAUGUGACGCUGCAAUCUCACGUGUGCGACUUUUGCCAGGCCGUUUUUCCGGGACACACAACAACCAGGGGGGAGUUCCUGCAACAUCUCCACAACCAUGUCACCUAGUUACCAUCACUAAAGAUGAGCUUGGGUUUCCUCUUUAAAAUUCCUAAUUCAACCUCUACACGUGAAUUAUCCAAAACAUCGCAAACGGCUUCAUCAAAACUGACAAUUAUUAAAUUUAUAAAGGCAAAAUCAAAUUGUUGCCUUCAUAAAGCCUGAAUUAAGUAUACAUCUUAACAUUCUUAACUGUCAUAUACUGUAAGUGUCAGGAGGCCUUAAUCACUGUAUGAUAAAUUUAAAUAAAAGUAAAAUACAGCAAAACUACACAACAUGUGAAUAAGCCUGACGGACACGGACUAAAUGGAGUGGGACCAUAAAGUGUUUCCAGAGUGACGCUGUCAGCCUCUGCUCUUUUAAAGAUAUUGCAACUGUUGGCAGGCGGAAUAAGAACAUCUUCACAAUAUUGUGUUUUGUGCUUGCUUUGUCAUUUUGUCAUUUUCAGGAAUUGACAAUCAACAAUGUUGCUUAUGAAAGUUAAGAAAGAAAAAAAAACAUUCUCCCAGUGCAUUAAAUAUGUGCCUUUUGUUGUUAAGCUUAUCAGGUCAUUUUCAUGCAUAUUGUUAGCCGUUAUUCUUUCAGCGAGACACUAUUAAUAAAAUCAAUUUGUGUAUGCAAUUGCUAAUACGGCCAGCACGAUUGGUUAGCUCAUCUGCCUCACAGUUCUGGGGACCGGGGUUCAAAUCUCGGUCCCCCCCUGUGUGGAGUUUGCAUGUUCUCCCCGUGCCUGUGUGGGUUUUUCUCCGGGCACUCCGGUUUCCUCCCACAUCCCAAAAACAUGCGUGGUAGGUUGAUUGAAGACUUUAAAUUGCCCGUAGGUGUGAAUGUGAGUGCGAAUGGUUGUUUGUUUCUAUGUGCCCUGCGAUUGGCUGGCGACCGGUUCAGAGUGGACCCUGCCUCCCGCCCGAAGAUAGCUGGGAUUUUGGUUGUUGAUCAAUAGAUGAGUCAAAAGAUUUAAGAGUAGUAGUCCGCCUACAUUAGAAAGAUGUCACAAACAAAAAUGUCACAAAAAAUACUGUACACUGAAAUAAUGAAAUAAAAAUAAGUGAUAUAAUAAUAAUUAUGAUAAUAAUAAUGAUCUUACUCACUAAUGUACUUAGUGUGAAUUCUGAGCUUAUUUAGUUGAAGACAAAGCUAUUAUUCUGUUGUAUGAACGGCAACAGGUGGAUACACAGGUUAAUUGUACCUUCUUUUAUCUAGUGGAAGUGCAUUUAAUUGUUAUGCCUGUCACUAUACAGUAUGUCACUCAGAUAGAUGAACAACGGAUCUAUCAAACCAGUGGUUGGGAAUCACUGCUGUGAUGUAUGCUUUGCCUAAUGUAUUGGACCGAACAGAAUUUCACAGCAUGCCUUAAGAUUCUAAUGUUUUUUAAGUCUCAAAACAGUAAUGAGCACCUCUAGGUUAUUGGAAUGGCGACACAAUAAAAAAAAAAUAAAAAGUGUGUGUCAUUGCAA